CGGGCACUUAGAUCUUCUGCGUGGCUGAUCAUAAAACACUACAGCCCCCUCGUCCACCUCGAAUUUCUCUUGACAAUCUCAGCAACUUACAAAAUCGUGUUCCUCGGUACUUCACAACUAUUGAAGCCUUUUCCGACGUGAUGGACACUAAUGCACUUGUCGAUCUCGUGCAUGGGGUGCAGGGCAGCUUUGGGUUGACAAAAUAAAUGAGACCCACAUAACUGGCCGUCUCUGCCAGUGGGCGUCAACUUUCCAUCCUGACAAACUUGUCAACUUGACGGUACCUUUCAUCAUGGUUCAUUUAAUGCCGGCAUGAAGAUGAUCUUCAGUGAUGCCACCGCCUGGAUGGUUCGUUUCCCACGGAAGGGAAUGGUCAGUGACAACUACGCCGACGAGAAAGUUGCCAUGGAGGUGACGGCCCUGAGUAUCAUCCGCAGCAGGACUACCAUUCCCGUGCUGAAAAUCCAAGUGUGGGGUCCCGCUGCGAGCAACCCUCUUGGUCUCGGGCCGUUUAUCAUGAUGGACUUCAUUGAUGGAGUGAGCCUUAGCGACCUCCUCCAGGACCCCAAUGCCGAGAGCCCUAGCAGAGCCAUGAAGGAGGAUAUCAGUGAUAGUGAGGUUGAGGCUAUCUACAGCCUGCCUUACCUGCAGCCUGAAUCACAACGCCAUACACUCCCACAGCCGCUAACAUUCAAGGCACAUAGCAUUCUACAAAAUGGAGGAGUUGACACUUUUGGUGACCGAGCCCAGGGGUUUGCAACCACGACUGAGUAUUUUCAAUAUGUCAUUGGGCAGGACUGGGAGCAGCUCAUUCACCAGCCGAACUCAGUUGUUGGUUUUUACGAUGCUAAAAGCAAAUUUGUGGCGUUCAAGGUCCUUAAAAGUCUGAUACGUGACUUUGUCAAUGAAAAGUAUGACCAUUGCAAGUUUAAACUGAUUUGCGAUGAUCUCAGGUUAGCAAAUUUGAUUGUCCAUGGUAGGGAGGAUGUCACUGUUGUUGGAGUAGUGGACCUCGAGUGCUCUUAUAUUGGACCUGCUCAGUUGUUUGGCUCGGCACUGUGGUGGCUUCUUCAAGACAGGCCUGUCAACAGCGCAUGGGACUGCAAGGGUGAUGAACUGCCCAGGAUCCCAACCCGGUACUUCAAAUACCUAGAAAUCUUCAUACGUGUCUUGGAGGAGGAGGAGGCAAAACUGCCAGGACACGAAGACAGAGAGCUAUCCAGUCUUGUCAAGUGGUCGCAAGCAUCAGGAGCCAUGUGGCUGCACAUGCUCCUCUCAUUCAGCUUUAACAACCAUCGUAGCUUUCCUUUUGUACAACUGCGCCGACAUUUGGGGGUUGACAAGUGGGCUAGACGUGAGAAAGACUUUGACAACGCAGAUGAGCUUGAGGCAUUCGCAGAACGGAAGGUGAACGAGUUGGAUAAGUACGAUGAAGCCUUGGAGAAGAUGGAGGAGAAGAAAGAACUCCUGGACAGCAGGGAGAUGACAAAGGAGGAAUUUAUCGCCCUAAUAGAGCUGGACUAUGUGUAUAGUCCUUCAUCGCUUGUGGUCAACAAUGAGGAAUGA